AUGACUAAUCCUGAGUCUCAUUAUCCGUUUAUUCAUUGGCCAGCAAGAUCUACUUCGAAUUUAACUGGCAUCCAUAAUAAUAAUAAUCAAGACAAUUGUCAGGUAUUUCAGACACCAGCAACGCCAACAACACUUUUGACUUAUUUUCAAUCAAAAGAUCAAGCAAUCGGUCCUUAUUCAACAGAUAUCCAUUUGAAAUCAUCAAAUGUUGCUAUAACUGGAAUAUCGUCAUCAUCGUGUUCAUCAUCUCCAAAACAAAUAUCAUCGUCAUCUCCAAUUCCAUUUCAGCCAUAUCUUAUAACACCAUUCCAUACACAAAAUACUCCACCUUAUUCAUCAUCCAUGUCAAAUUCAAUAAAUACAACACAAAUAUCAACACCUCGUAAACGUAAACAAACAGCCAAUGAUUCAUCCUCAUUUCUUACACCUUCAAUACCAGCAAAACGAUCAACUCCUUUGGCAAUGUUCUUUCCAAAAGUAACGCCGUCCGACGGUUCAGUUGUGAUGUUUCUUAGUAAUAGUAAAAUAACUCAAACUGAUCAUUCAUUCUCAAUUUCUACAUCUAGUCAACAUCUUGAUAUUGAACAGCAACAAUUAACAGCUGAAAUUGAUGAAUUACGUCGUACAAAAUUAGAUACACAACGUCAAUAUGAAACAACUGUUGAAGCAGUAAAACGUUGUCUUGUUAUGACACGUUCAUUACUUGUUGAAAAAUCUCAAUUAGAAAAAAAACAAGCUCGACAUAAAGCUAUGGAAAAUCGUUUACGUCUUGGACAAUUUGUUACACAACGGCAAGGUACAUCGUUUGUUGAACAAUGGGUUGAUGGUUAUGAUUUUUUGGAUAAACAACGUGCACAAGAACAAUUAGCUCGAGCAAAAGAAAAUCUUGAUCGUGAACGAAAAAAUUUAACUAAAAAGAAAACAUUCAUACAACAACAUCAACAAAUAAUGAUAGUAACGACACCAGAUGAUUCAAUUACUCAAAAUAGUAAUUUUAAUUCUCAAGAGUUUAAUAAUUCAAUAUUUAUACCACCGACUAAACCAAAACGAACAAAUAAAACUCCAGCUAUUAAAACAUUCACUAGUCAACAAAAAAUACAAUCAAUUUCAUCUCCAUCUCUGGGUGUAACAUUCAAUAAUAAUCCUUUAGUAUCAUCAACAUCAUUCAUUGGACAUCAACAGAUUCAAGCAUAUUCUGAUAAUUCAAAUGAUGGUCAUUAUCUAUAUUCUGGUGAUAAUAAUACACCCAUUGAUAGUGGUAAUUCAUCAUCAUCAUCAUCAUCACUUAUUUCAAAUUCAUCGUCAUCUAUAAUGACAUUACAAGAUUGGUAUGAAUAUGAUGAAGUACUUCGUCUUCGACAAUUAACACUUAAACGUGAAGAAUGUGAUUUAGCACAAGAUUUAGAAAAACUUGAUCGUGAAAGAAAUGUUCAUAUAAGAGAAUUAAAACGUCUAUAUAAUGAAGAUCAUUCAAGAUUUAAUAAAAAUAAUGUGCUAAAUGAACGAUAUUUACUAUUAACACUUAUUGGUAAAGGUGGUUUUAGUGAAGUACAUCGUGCAUUUGAUUUACGUGAACAACGUUAUGUUGCUUGUAAAAUUCAUCAAUUAAAUAAAGAAUGGAAAGAUGAGAAAAAAGUGAAUUAUAUUAAACAUGCACUUAGAGAAUAUAAUAUACAUAAACAUUUAGAACAUAAACGUAUUGUUAAAUUAUUUGAUGUAUUUGAAAUUGAUACGAAUUCAUUUUGUACAGUUUUGGAAUAUUGUGAUGGAAAUGAUUUAGAUUUUUUUCUUAAACAAAAUAAAACGAUUCCAGAAAAAGAAGCACGUUCAAUCAUAAUGCAAACAGUUAAUGCAUUAAAAUAUCUUAAUUCAGAAAUUAAACCACCUGUGAUUCAUUAUGAUUUAAAACCAGGUAAUGUUCUAUUAGGAACAGGAAAUAAUAGUGGUGAAAUAAAAAUAACUGAUUUUGGCUUAUCUAAACAAAUGCAUGAAGAUGCGUUUGAUGCCGAUGAUGGAAUGGAUCUUACAUCUCAAGGUGCCGGUACUUAUUGGUAUUUACCACCAGAAGUCUUUGUUCAAGGACCUAAUCCUCCUAAGAUUUCAUCUAAAGUAGAUGUUUGGAGUGUCGGCUGUAUUUUUUAUCAAUGCUUAUAUGGUCGAAAGCCAUACGGUCAUAAUCUAUCUCAAGCAGCUAUAUUAGAAAAUCAAACUAUAUUAAAUGCCAAAGACGUUCAAUUUCCAAAUCGACCUCAAGUAUCAAAUGAAGCGAAAUUAUUCAUUCGUCGAUGUCUAACUUAUCAAGCACGUGAUCGUCCCGAUGUUUUACAAUUGAGUGAAGAUGAAUAUUUGAAAUCUUAUCCAAAACGUACUACAGCUACAACAUCUUCACUUCUUUUCUGUCCUAAAUAA